GCAGGCUGUCCAAGACAGCAAACGAACACGAGAGAGAGACAAAAAGAUCUUGUUAAUUUUUUUUAUGGUUUUAACCACCGAACGAGCUACUUUUUCUCGAUAAUUUAUACCUGAAUGGCACGUCUAGACAUGACAUCAUUUAAAGGGAACUAACUGCAGGACUUCCCAGCCUAGACAUGUCAGAACUGUCCAGACACUACACCUCCCAAGAGCCUUUGGGAGAUUCUUUGGCUGUUAAGACCGGCAUGCUACCUGGCAACCAGAAAAGACGCUGAGUCCUUCACUGGAAAGGAAACAAGAUGAACCAGGCCCAGAGCAUGUUGAUCAACGGCCUCACCAAAACAAAGCACGUGGCCAACGCGGCCCUUGUCAAUAUCAACGACGGAAGGGUCUUGGCUUCCACUCCCGGCUUCAAAAUCCAGUCGCAAACGCAAGUCCUGAUCGACGCUUUCUUCAAGGACUUGCACCAGGUGCGGAAAAAUGGCCUUUACUUUAAAGCCCAGGCUUACAACUGCAUCCGGGCCGACGACGGCGCGAUCUACGCCAAAGACAGAGACACCGGGCUGAUAGCCGUGAAGACAAAAUCCUUCAUCUUGGUCGCGACGUACGGCCAGGGCAUGUAUCCCAGCGUGUGCGUGGAGGCUGUCGAGAAGCUGGCAGACUACUUCAGGAAGAAAGGAAACUGAGACCGGCUUUUUGUUUUGUGACUCUCUCGACUUUGAAAAGAUGGGCUGAAAAGGCCGAUGGGUUCUGCAUGUUACUCCCAGGGGAGAUUCAAGAGAAAUUCCACAAUGUUCCCAGGAUCAUCCUUUCCCUCGCAAAAUAAAAGGCGAAUGCAUGUAAAACAACAAAAA